UGUUUAUAAACAAAGUAGAUCAAAUCUUUAUGCUACAUAGCGGUCCCCACCAACAUAUACCUACGCUGGGCUGGUUUCAAUCGAACUAGCUGUUGUGUCUCACAACCCGAACGAUCAGGCGAGUCUUCAGCUAAAGCAGUACGGCACAAGCCCACCGGUUAUUAAGAGCCACCUCUUUUAUAUACCCACUAGCAAAGCUCCCACAAUCGCUGAGUUUCCAAUCCCAGCAGCAACGGCAACAACCCUCACGUCCCGUAGAACAGCAAUGCAGACAAUAACUUGCAGCAGUCACCGAAACACUACAAUGAUGCCAACAGCGUAAACAAAACCAACAUUUAUGCGCAGCAAACACAUAGCGGCAUGCACUCCUCAUUGCAUGCCAUUUGUUAUCCUCUUUCUCGGAAAACUCUAGCCGUUCGUUUGGCCGCUGUCAAUUCGAACUCAAGUAAUGGCUGAACAGCAGUUCUGACAUAACGUUCCACCUUAUUAUACCACCUUGAUCCUAACCUUUCUCUCCUAGGUGACAUCCCUAUAGCAAAGAAUCCAACAGGCAAGAAAAAAACAAAGGAUCAAAACAAACGAGAAAAGUUACCAUCCCCCGAUCGAUAGAUCAAUAUUCUAUCGACUGCUUCUCAAUUGUUGCUCAUUCGGUCCGCGCAACAGCUCGUUUCGAAUGUCAGGAUCAGGAGGUCGAUUUUUUCAGAAUCCGUUUCAGGAUUAUAACGGUGGCCAAGUCGUGAAAAACGAUGACCAUAUCCGCGGAUUGAUCCAGUCGUACGUGAAUCUAGUCGUAGACAACACGAAACCUGACAGAAAUAGUGACCAUAGGGGAGAUUUAUAUGUGGGCGAUGCUGGCAUUGCUUUCAUGUUCUUGAAGCUAUACGAAGGAGGACUCUUUGGGGCGAAUGCUUUGCAAUAUGCCAAACAGUAUGUCGGCAGUGCGAAAGCGAAAGCUGUGCGCUACACAGGCCGAGCGGAGGAGAGAUGUUCGUUUCUUUGCGGAAAUGCAGGGAUUUACGCGGUGUCUGCUGUUAUUUGCCAUAAGAUGGGACAAAGGCAGGAGAUGGAUGAGGAUCUGAGAAAUUUUGCAUCUGGGAUAGCCGUUUGCAAAAAGAUUGAUUUCAAUAAGAAUGGAAGUGAUGAGCUACUUUUUGGGAGAGCAGGAUACUUGAGUGGAAUUUAUUGGCUGCAUCAGACCAUCGACAAAAAAUUGUUCGCUCAUGAAACGAUGAACGCAAUUUCCGGCGUUAUUAUUGAAAGUGGAAAACGUUACUCCGCUGCACAUCGAAGUCCCAUCCCGCUUAUGUAUCACUGUUGGGGAGACGAGUAUCUUGGGGCGGCUCAUGGGGUUUCUUCUAUCAUGCAUAUGUUACUCGAAUCACCAUUCCAAGGAAACCCUAACAGUAACGAAAUGGCUGCUGUGCGAGCCACUGUCAAUAGUCUAUUAUCGCUGCAGGAUGCCGAAGGAAAUUUUCCGGUAACCUUACAGGAUUAUUUACAACGAACUGGAGAUGAAACACUCGUUCACUGGUGCCACGGCGCACCGGGGAUAGUUUAUCUUAUGGCCAAAGCAUAUCUUGUUUUUAAGGACCAAAAAUAUCUACAAUCAUGCGUGCGUUGCGCGGACCUCGUUUGGCGUAAGGGACUGUUACGCAAAGGACCGGGCAUUUGCCACGGCGUUGCUGGCAGUGGAUACGUCUUCCUGCUACUAUAUAGACUGACCGCGGACCCCAAAUACCUCUACCGGGCGAUAAAGUUCAUGGAGUUUCUGACUCACGAAGAGUUCAUCCGGUAUGCACGUAACCCAGAUCGUCCGUUCAGUUUGUACGAGGGAUACGCUGGUACUGUGUGCUUCCUUCUGGACUUACUGCGACCGGAGCGAGCCAGCUUUCCGUUUAUGGAUGUGUUCGAAACUAAGUGUUAGGUUAUUGAAUUCUGAACCCCUUUGGGUUUGGCGAUGUUUAGAUGUACUUCACGCGAAUAAAUUAAUUUAUUGAUUCCUUUAACGAC